AUGGCCCUUAACCGCCCGACGACGUCGUCGAUGCUCAGCCGUAGCCUUGGACACAGCAACGGGCGCCCGUCGUCACUGCCCGUCAAAGCCAAAUCCAGUACCCGUGCCACCACUUCCACCAUGCCCGCGAAAAGACUAGGGUUUGGUCUCUUCAGUGAUGACGAGGAGGAUGAGGUUAUGGGCGACGAGAGCAAGAAGCUGUCGGUGUCUUUCAGUGGGAAUAAGAGUGGGUUUGAGAAGAUUGAGAAGGUCAAGGGGAAGGGGAGAAUGAGCUUGGAUGGUACAGACUCCAACUCGUCGCAGUCUCUAAGUGCUUCGUUCCCUGUGUACACCCCGCAGAAUGCCUCUGGCUCCCGGAACUCUCGCAACUCUUCCCUCAUAACUCCUAAACGCUCUGGCCGCGCUCCUCGAAGCACCCCCUAUUCGACUACUACGUCACGGGCCCUCCAGCGCGCCAAAGCCGCCUCCCAGAGUAACGGAAGCGUUGAUAACCACGAGGCUCAGCUCAUCUCAGAUACCAGCUAUGAAGAACCAUCAGACAAACGAUCGCCAUAUACAAUGCACGGCGCCAAGGAGUAUGACGAUGAAGAUGAGGUGCCGACUGACGAGGAUCCAGUAGAUGCAGGCUUGGAGAGACCAGCCAAUGAGUACUCAUUCAAAAUUACCCCAAGUAGAAAUCUUUUCACGAAGACACCAAGCCCUGUGAAGAAGACCCCCACGAGAUCGCCAAAGGGAGCACCGUCUACCCCAGCAACGGGAAAGAAGACGUGGGGACAGUGGCUUGGUUCGAUCUUACCGGAGAGCGUCAAGAAACCCGUAAAGGCUAUUCUUGGCGCUCCCGAUGAUGAUCCGUAUGACAUGGAGGCGAAGGUUAUCACGCCAACUAAGGAGCUUGUCAUUGGUACUCCCCGGAAGGAUGGUGCAGAUGAUGAGAACGACGAUGUUUACUCCCUUCCGGGAUCCUUUGGUAAACCGGAGCCCAAGAGACCAUCACCAUCAUCUAUGACAACGUCUCUCCAGCUGGACUACCGGAGUAACAGCAAAACCAAUGAUCACUACGACAGCAGGGAGGUUUCUCAAAGCUUCGGUGGUACUCCUACCAGGGUAAAUGACUCUGGCUUAUUCAUUUAUGAUAAGCCCAAGGUUACGACGAGUACUGCACCUUCUCGACGUGAACGUAGGUCAACAAUGAGCACUCCUCUCAAGCACAGCAAACCCACCAUUGAAGUGUCUAGUCUGCGUAAGCCAAACAACUUCAUCGAGCGGAUGCGUUCUGCCAAAAAGACACCACGUUACGAUCCCUACGCGAGGAAAAGCACGGGCGCGGCACCCCCGAAGGAGAAGGUCCAGCUUACUCAAGAGGAAGAGACAGAGCUCACACCAGAAGAGAAGUUGAAGCUCCUCAAGCAGAGACAAAAGGAACGCAAGAUCGCCGAGUUAGAGGAUAAGUAUGAGAUGCGUGAAGCCCUCAAGGCAUUAGGCCAGCCCAUCCCAGACGACGACGAGAUCAUGCCCGAUUCAGACUCAGAGGCUCCCAAAGACAAAGGCAAAGGCAAAGAGAAAGAAAACAGGCGCACCUCUCUCAAUCCCACCGUUGAAGAGACCGCCGAGGAAGCAUCAACAACUCUCCCCUCUCCGGGCUCCCCUCCUAAAACAUCCCCCGUCAAGAGAACCCGCGAGUCCCCCACUACCGCCCCAUCACGGAAUCUCUUUACCCCUUCAAAGCCCGCGCCCAGCUUCCUCCUCAACCCCGAGGUCAAAGCCGGCGAUAUUCCCUUCAAGAUCAAUACGGCACCCCCGCCCACCGAUGCCCCCACUAUCAAUUUCAACGCUGCACCGGCCUGGUCUUUUGCUUCAGACACCUCCGACAAGGAGAACAUUUCCGAUGGCCCGCCACCACCACCGACCAUGUCCCACGCUACUCUUCCCGCACCGCUCACAGCUUCCGCUUCACCCCCUGUUCUCUCCGGAGGCCUCUUUGGAUCACAGCCAGCGGGUGGCUUCGGCCUUGGCAUGUCACCAUCCAAGGAGACGCCUCUUACUCCGUUCCAGCGCCAGAAGAACGCUGCUGAAAGGUUCAAGCCUACCGCGCCAUCGUCGCUCCGUGAGAGCCGGUGCGCGGACGAGGACGAGAAGGAGAAUGUACCCGAUAAGGAGAAUGCCGGCGAAGGCAGUAGCAGCGGCAAGGGCGAGAAGAAGGGGCUCUCACAACAGCAAGGACAAAGCUCUGGAAGCGGUGUCUUUGCCAAGGCGGCCUUGAAGGAGAACGCGGGUGUGCUGAACAUGGGAAAGAGUGAGGUGAAGAUUGAUGUUAGGGCUCAGGUUGAAGGAAUUCCGAUUAAGCAAUUAUCGUCAGUGAUGGUCUGGCCUGUCGAUUCAUCAUUUGGCUCACAGGCCAUGAAGGAUGCGGUCGCGAAUAUGUGGACAGGAAAAUUGUCCGAGUACCCGGCCGGGUUUGGGGAGCUAUUUGCGCAGUCAGUCAAGUACUAG